GAGGUAACUGUUGAUGAAAGGGCUUGAUCUCUGGAAUCGAGUCUUUGCAGUAUUGUACCAUGUGCUCUAAUGUUUGGUGUUAAACUUGCGUGGAAAACACUUAGUGUGGUGGUCUGGGUGCGUUACGGUUAGGAUUUGUGUAUUAUAACAAGUGUUCAUUAACGCCUCCGCGCGGUUCACAGGCAGCCUCUCAGAGCAGUGAUACACGAUCCGAGGUGUGUGCAUGUACGGAUAAGUUGAGUGAAGGCUACGUUCAGGUGAUCGCCGGGCCCCUUCAAGCUAAGGAGAAAACACUCCACGGCGAAGAAAUCUACUGAAACCGACUCGACAUUAUACGACUUUUUUCGAAUCGUUGAGCCAAGACAGCAGUUUGGCGUUAUCUUGGCUCCGAUCAUUGAGACGCCACUCAAGAGGAAUAACAGCGGGUGGAUCUUACUCUCCAAGCCUCCUCCCUCUCCACCACCACCACCACCGAUACUGCCGGUGGUGAGGGGCGGCGGAGAGCGGCAGUGAGUGGUCAUCACCCUCCCUCGACCCUCGGAGCGUGGCAUCACAAGUGGGCGUGAGGCACCAGCCACACGUGGCCGCGGCGCUCUUUGCCCGCCGCGGUUGAACACAACUUCUUUGCUUCCAGUCGUCAGCUGAGUGAGGUCAAUAUGUCAGGGCGAGGAAGCGAAGACAGUGAUGCCCCCAAGGGUCCUCCAGCUGGCGGGGGGCCCACAGUCAACGGCUCCAUCGAGGCCACGCUUACUCCGGAACUCCUCUUCCGCAUGAACAAGAAAAUUGCACAGCUCACCAAGGUGGUGUACGGCCUCAACACACGCGGGGAGGAGCUGGAGGCGCAGCUGGCGUCGGCGAGGGAGGCGGAGGAGACGCUGAAGACGACCAACAGUGAGCUGCAGCAUCGCCUCAGCCACUGCAAGUCCAAGGUUGAGACGGAGCUGGGGAGACUGCGCGACUUGGAGGCAGAGGCGCAGCAAGCACACUACUGGAAGCAUGAAUGUGAAAACCUGAGGAGAAGACUGGACCUGGAGAGCGGCAUUAUGGGCGGCGGGGACAUCCGGGCGGCGGUGGGGGCGGCGCGGGAGGACGCGGAGAGGGCGAUGAGGCGGGAAAAGGCGGUGGCGUACGAGCUGGAGCAGGCGAGGCAGGCCAUCAACAACCUCAAGAGCCACCACGACUUCAUCAUGAGGGAGAGAGACGCGCAGGAGGCCAUGGAGAGGGAGAAGCUGGAGCUGGAGUGGCAGACGCGGCUGGCGGAGAUAGAGAACAGGUACAAGAGCCAGGUGAGGCGGGUGACGGACGACAUGGAGGUGCUGACGGCGGAGUGUGACAUCCUGAGGCGGAGGGCGGCGGACUGCGGGAGCGGCGAGGCGUCGUUACGGGAGCAGAUCGUGUCCAUGGAGCGGGAACACGACCAGCAGAGACGGACGUGGGAGCUGGAGAUGAAGAUGAAGGAGCAAGACGAGCAGGAGGAACUACUGUCGUUUGGGAAGGAGCGGCGGGAGUACGACGCCAGGAUACGCCAGCUGCACGAGGACAAGCGGCUGGGGGAUGAGCAGUGGGACGCCAGACUCAGGGAACAGAGUCGAGAGUACGAGAGGAAGCUUCGAGAGGCCAUCGACAAGAGGGACGCAAUGCAGGCGCGGAUCGACGAGAAGGAGGAGGGCUUCGAGACGCGGCUGAAGGCGAAGGUGACGGAGUGGAAGGCCGAGUGGGACGAGGUGGAGGAAGGUCUGAAGGACGAGAUACGUAGGCUGAAGAACGAGUGUGAGUCAUUGAGGAGCGACUCCACUCUGCUUCGGAGUCGCAUGGAGCGCGGCGGCAUCGAGUCCGAGAUGAGGAUUCAGGACCUGGAGGAGCAGCUGCGUAACAAAGAGAGCGACUUCGAGAACAAAACCCGAAACCUCAUGAUCCGCCUGAGCACGGUGGAGUCCGUCAACAAGCAACAGGGGCAGGAAAAGAACGCGGCGGAGAGGCAGAUGCGCGAGGAGAAGGACAGGCACCGACAGCUCAGGAUGGAGUACGAUAUUAUGCAGCGAGUCAAACAAGAACUGGAACAGCAAAUAAAGCGCCUGUCCGAUUCAGAGCGUCAGCUGCAGGAGCAAACCACACUGCUGACGGUGGAGAACGAGGAGCUGAAGGGCGAGGUGGAGGAGCUGAAGCAGAAGAUGAAGACGAAGGAGAAGGAGCUGAAUGCCAAGGUCGAGGCGAUGUCCAAGACCGCCGAGGCCAAGGUGAAGGCGCGGAUCGAGAAGACGUGGCUGGAGAAGCUGCGCAGAUCAGAGGAGAACGCUGCGCAGGACCUGGAGCGGCUGCGGGAGGGCAACCGACGGACGGAGGGCGACUUGAGAAAGGAGCUGAUGAUGGCGAGGAAGGCGGAGGACGAGGCGCGGCGACUCAACGAGGAGUUCAAGAGGAAGGUCCGGACGCUGCGCCAGGCCGAGACGGACGCCACGCACAAGAUCACGGAGCUGGACGACCGAGUGCAGGAGCUGACCAAGAAGCUGGCUGCUGAGGGCGGCCCUCCCGUGCGACACCUACGAUUCCCGUGCUGGCAAGGCUCCAACCCUUCCUGCUGCGGCUGUUCUGCUCUUUGGAAUUGCCCCCACCGGAGCCUGCUCGUUGAGUCUUCCUCUCGCCAGUCGGCCUUCCCAGUGACGCCCUUCCUUCCGUCCCAUCCAGCAAUUGCUGUAUUUGAGAUGUAUACGAGGAGGGUGUGACACGGAGGGAAGCAGUGGUUCCUUGGAGGUGACACUGACCCGGAACUUAAAUCAAGAGGGCACCAAUAUCCACCAUUGAUCUGAUCUUAGAAUAUGCCCUAGUGGCUCCCCAGGUGCCCCUAGUGAUAGAUACCUAGUUACACCACUGGAGGAGAGACGAGAGAAGAGAGAGAGAGAGAGAGAGAGAGAGAG